UAUUUUUCGUGCGCCGGGAAACCGGCCGAGUUGAGUCCACGGCGGAUUGAGCGGGUCGACUUGUUGACCCUGAAAAUUCUAGGUUCCGAUAUCCAACUUCCAAAUAAGAAGAUAUCGCCAUAGCGGGCCAGAACAAAAACAUCACAAAUAGCGGGCCAGAACGAGAUCUGGAAAUCAGAACCAAAGGGGGCCUGACGGAAUCGAUCUCCCUCCAAUCUCCAUGGAGCCGGCAGGCGGCGGCGGCGGCGGCCGCGACCGGCUGAGCAACCUGCCGGACUGCCUCCUCCACAGCGUCCUGUCGUGCCUGGGCUCCCGGCAGGUGGUGCAGAGCAGCCUGCUGUCCCCGCGGUGGAGGCACCUGUGGCGCGGCGUGCCCUGCCUCGACAUCGACCAGCGCGAGUUCCCGCUGGACCUGCCGGUGCCGGAGAGCCCCGCCUGGAACGCCCCGGAAGCCAACCGGAAAGCAUUCCGCGACACGUCCCAGGAGAGAGCCGAGAGGGAGGUGCAGCUGUGGCACAGAUUCGAGGACUUUGGCGACACCCUGCUGCCCCUCCACGCCGCCGCGUCGUCGCCGCCGGCCCUGCCGCUGGACGCGUACCGGCUGCACGUCACCGGUGCGCAUCAGCACAGGUGCCUGUACAGGUGGAUCCGCCGUGGCCUCGCGCGCAGCCCCGCCGCGCUCCACGUCACCAACGGCGACGACGAUGAAUACAUGUACAACGAGGUCCCGAGCUUCUCCUUGCACUCGCACCACUACAAGACCGACUCCCUGCCCCUGGUCCUGCAGGUGGCUACCCGCCUCAGGAGGCUGCACCUUUCCGGGUUCAGCCUGCCGGAAGAAUUCUCCGAGGAGCUGACCGCCGACACGUGCCCGGUCCUGGAAGACCUGCGGCUCGAACGCUGCGACUUCUGGUUCGCCCGCAUCGCCUCGCUCUCCCUCAAGAGCUUGGCCAUGGAGGGGUGCAGCAGUAAUUGUUCCUACGACGGCAGUACAGAGCUGGCGCUCGCCGUUCCUCGCCUUGUUUCACUGAACCUCGGCGAUGUCCAGCUGCCGGUCGUCUCAGAAGAUGAGAUGCCGUCUCUCGCCGUGGCAUCCGUCACGGCCACACGUGACGCCAAUGCCUAUGCCGGCGGAGUAGAUGUCUUGAAAUCCCUGCGCGCCGCCAGAGUGUUGGCGCUGCGGAGCUUUAAUUCAGCGGAAUUGUUUGACGAGGAACCCAAAGAAUUCCUCAAGUUCCAGAACCUGAGAACCUUGACCCUGACAGAAUGUAAAAUCGGAGAUGAAUGUCAGGUGCUGAGGCACGUUCUUCACAACGUCCCAAAUCUGGAGAGGCUUGUGCUUGACGAUUGCAAGUUGUCAAGUGCCAGAAAGUCAUCAGAUUUCAGCUACCGGAGCUACGAGUGCACCAGCCUCAAGUUGAUAGAGAUCAAGUAUGGAGCACCUGGUGCUGCUCUCCCAGAUGUGCUGGUUCAUGUGCUCAAGGAUAUCUCAAAGAAGACAAGCGAGUGGCGGCGUUGCGGCCAAAAGGGUCGUGUGGAUUGGGAGUGGCUGUACCGUGUGGUCUCCUGCAGCCCUGUGACGAUGAUCACUGCCCUCAUCGCCCAGCGAGCGCCUGCUGCUCUAUCCGACAACGACUUCGACUCUAUGUCGGAAGAGGAGCAUGAGUCUGCUGUGUGGAAGCGCCGGGCGCGAAGGAGACGCGCGGUGGACACUGCCAUCAAGGCGUGCCGGGGCGCGCGCCGGCGUCGCUGAGGAGAUUGAACGUUGCCGAUCCGGCGCCGUUUAUCGCCACGAUAAACAAAGCUAUGGGUCGAAUCGACGUGUCAAAAGUGCUUGGUGUCAGCGCAGCAGCUGGAAGCUGCCAUCUUUGACACCACCCAAGACUUCGGAUGUAGUUACAUCCCGGCCUUCGGGCCAUCGGCGGCGUCGACGACGUCCAAGUCGACCUUUUUUACUGGUUGAGCUGUUACCACCUGGGUUGGGUACACGCCACCUGAUAUGCAAAGUGUAUUAAGAAACUAUCAACACAAAAAAUUAGUACGUUUUUUUUAAUGUUUUGUAUGUGCCCACACAGUUGUACGAUCUCGAAGGGCAAAAAAUAGUCGUCCAACGAGAUUUGCCAAAUGCUAGCUUUCCGUCCAUUUGCUCACGGACAAUCCAAAUUUGGG